GAGUCCGCGGGCCCAGGCGAGCAGCUGCACGUACCCCCGCCUCCACGAGCCCCGCUACCAGCUGCGCGGCCUCCCCCGGCUGGCUGUUGCCCUCCUCUCUUGCUCUUCCCUCUGGCGGACGUUGCCAUGGGCAAGAGCAGGACGAAGCGCUUCAAGAGACCUCAGUUCUCCCCUACCGGCGACUGUCAGGCUGAGUUGGCAGCGGCGGAGAACGGGACUGAGCAGGGGGAGGACGACGGGCCGGCGGCGGAGCUGCUGGAAAAACUCCAGCACCCGAGCGCCGAGGUCCGCGAGUGCGCCUGCGCCGGGCUGGCCCGGCUGGUGCAGCAGCGGCCGGCGCUCCCGGACCUGGCACGCAGGGAUGCCGUGCGCCGCCUCGGGCCGCUGCUGCUCGACCCCAGCCUGGCGGUGAGGGAGACGGCGGCCGGCGCGCUCCGAAAUCUCAGUGCUUGUGGAGGCUUUGAAGUUUGUGAUGACAUGGUGACUAAGGAUAUCAUGACUCCUCUGGUCGCACUGCUCAGAGAGUGUAGUGCUGGACUGGAUUCAAAUGAGAUGUCCCCACCGGGAGAAAAAGAUCAGAGCAGGACUUCUGUUGAGAACAUAGCCAACGAGGCGGUGAACCUGCUGUGGAACGUGUGUGAAUGCAGUAGUAGAGCAGUAUCUAUAUUCAACAAAGAAGGGUGUUUGGAGAUUGUGAUGAAGUUUUUAAGUAGGUUUUCCACCAAUGUUGACCUGGCUGUUUCAGUAGCGUACUGUUUGCAGACAGUAACCGAAGAUAACCCAGAGCUACUGAGGUCGUUCAGUGCCUCGGCUUUGCAUGUGCUGGAGUCCGCAGCGCUGGGUCCUGGCAGUUCCAUGGAGUACACCCUGCUGCGGACCCUGGUGGCAGGCACAAUCUGGAAUCUGAAGGACAUUAUCCCAUCAAAGAGUCAAGCAGAGAUCAUAAAUGCCAUCCUGAAGAUCUUAUCCGAAGUUUUGGAAAUGGAUGCUGGCGAAGUGGUCGUUCAGAUGAAGGCGGUGGAAACGCAGCGAUUGGAAACAGCUGCAGAGGCCGAGGAGCUGUCAGAGCACGCUAACGGCGGCGGUUUGAUCGAAGACGACGAAAUGGAAGAAAGUCCUCCUAAGAGAAGAGUCAGAAGGAAAACUUUCAUUUCCGAUUUGCUUCCACCCACCAACAGGGAGCUGAGAGAGGCCCAGGCGCUGCUGGCGGCUCAGCAGACCGCCCUGGAAAUGAUCGUCAACAUGUGCUGCAGCGAAGGUCCCUCCGAUGACGAUGACGAGUGGGAAGAAGAGCUUUCCAGCGGUGACGAGAGCGAGGCGUUUCUGGAGAGUUCCCUCAGCGAGGGCGGGCAGCUGCUGUCUCCCCUCUGCCUCUCCCAUGAGAUUCACGCGGCGCUCACCAACUUCCUCAUCCCCAGGAAGGUUUUUGAGAAAACUGCCUUUCCGAACAGCGUUGCCGUGGACAUAUGUUCUAGGAGCCCCACGUGGAAACCUUUGCUGAGAAAAAUGAACACCGUGCAGUGGCGAGCCCUCGUGUGUCUCCAGAGUCUCGUGUCCCUUCUGGAGGUGGAGGACCUGGGCGGGGCGCCGGCCCUGCAGGCCCUGGCCCAGCACCUGACGUCGCUGCUCUUUUCCCAGCCAGACUUGGCCCAGCAGGCGGACUUCCUGGAGGCCAUCAGCAGCGCCUUGAGGGCCCUUUUGCAAACAAUGGCCUCCAAGCACAUUUCUCAGUGCAUGGCCCCGGAGCAGCUGAUGACACUGUGCAGAGUGGGCGCUCAGAGUGGCAGCGUUGGAGUGAGAGUGAACGUGGUCGGCAUAGCGGGGAGCACGGGCAGCGUCCUCGCCAGAGAAGAUGGUACACUUGAAGUCCUUAAGACCAUCGGCUGCUUUCUGCUGGAGGUCGCCACCAAAGACCCCUCGCUGGUCGUAGCGGGAGAGGCUCUGGACGCCCUGUUCGACGUGUUUGCCGAUGGCAGAGAAGCCGAAAGGGCCUCGGUUCAAAUUCGUUUGCUGUCUACCCUGAAAGAAUUCCAGCCAGUCUUCAAGAUGAAGAUACGAAAGGAAGGGAGAGGUAAAUACAGUCCGGAUCAGCUGUGUGUUCUCAACAAUGUGAGGAUGAACUUGAGAAGGUUUGUUGCUUAUCAAGAAACUGUUGAAAAAAGACUGACUACUUGAACCAUUGAGAGAGAGGGCCUCUCUUGCCCCAAAGUGCUCACCGCUAAAGGGUUCCCUUUGCCUGUGUGAAUUUCCGAAAGCGGUUUUAAUCGCCUGUAUUCUGUAUAUUAAUUGGACGUUCCUAAGAACUUCGAAACCUGCCUGAAAGCGUCCUUCAACUCUGGGAUCCGGGCGGCGUUUCCUGCUCUCUGGAUGACGUUCCCUGCACGCUCCUGUCACUGGAACCCGGGAGAGUGGAAACAAAGGAAUCUCAGGUUCUUCACUGACUUUUGCAAAAGGAAAAUCUCAAGACAUCGCUUGGAUGCUCUUUUAGGUCAGCAUCACUUUAUAUUAGCUGUAUUUUUAACUGAAAUUUGAAGACAAGCUUUAUACAGUGUUUUUGGUAUGAAGUGUGUUAAUUAUGUUUACCUUUCGUGAAGUGAAUGAAUUGAAUGUGUACGCCACUAUUUAGUAGACAUGCGAAUGAGGUCAUUGUCAUCCUCUGUAAACAGAGCGUAUCAGUUACUGCUUUGUAACCUCAUUCCUUAUUUAAUUUGAUAUGGAAUCAGA